CAUCAUCUUGCUAUUCUGCCGCCCAAUUGCAAGUCGAAGAAUAGCAAGCCAUUGCCAAUGCUACUUGUAGAUUUAUCAAUAUCCUGCCGUCCCCACCAUCAUUAGGAUGUCUCCUUUCUUCCUCCUGCUGCUGAGCUUGUUGGCAAAAUUCCCCUUUGCCUUUUCGAUUGAAUAUAUCUUCAACUAUCUCUGCACUGAUUACGUUGCUCAUCUUGUUGAGUUUGUGGAGGCUUACAUUCAUGUUGUGGAUGUUGUGAGAUAUCAACCACACAGAGAAAGUCUUCAGAGAGAACGUCCGACACCUCCGUGAAGAUGCCUGCCCUACCUGGAGAGACAUUGAUUCUCAACAUAUUUGCCGACGUGCACUACUACUUCAAUCAACCAACUUCGAAGCCCGUCCAUCAUCGAUUUGACAAGGGUUCGUAUUUGUACCUGUACUACAAUUCGACCCAGCGACGGACGAGACUCGAGGUAGCCAAUUCGGCUGGUACACCUGAUCAAGAUGCGUUCAAUGGCUACUUGGAUCAUGCCAUGCUGAUAAACACGUUCAAGCACCCGAAUCUGUUUACCAUUGCCGUGGAGGGAGCAAAGCAUGGUGGAGUCUCGCCUCGUCCGGCAGAUCAUUCACACUGGCAUCUCCCAGCCUUCGGUCUCACACACGAACACAAGUACCUGUACAAGAUACACACUCUGGAUCUAUACCUUUGGACAACCAACGAUGCCAUUAAGUUUCUGGACCUGAUGAAGCGUAUUCUACCUCAUCAGCAUCUUGAUAUCAUCGAAGCAGCACCUCCACCUGAGCAUGAGGGUAGCAUGAGUCCAGUGGUUCAGCAGUUGGAAAAUAUGGCCAUACACACUCCGCCCCAUGCCCGAGCGGCGAGUACUGUCUCCCACGUGUCAAACCAGAACCGACAUGACCGCACGCCCGAAGGCCAGAGAACGGUGUCUUCACAGACGGCUCUUACUUCAACACCCGCAUCAGCAGCUUCGUUGGCACCCUACAACCCAGCAGCUCCUUCCGCUCCCGAGCCAAUUUCUCAUCGUGAGAAGACGCCACCUCCGGUAGAUGCAGGUAAUGAAACCGGACUCUCUGCAGCAGCGACGCAUGAGCAGCCAGGUCAGUACACGACAGCAGGCGCUCAAUACCGCCAUCAAAUCUCGCCGCAGAGCACGUUCCCUGGUCCACCACAACGCGCUACGAGCAUAGGAUCCUUCCCGCCUCCGCCGCCACUUGCUGCACAUUUGCCUCAUCCAGGCCUACAGACUGCGCAUUCCUUCGCAGGGCCUCCAACAUCCUCACAGAGUCACACGCCUCAGCAGCAGUAUGGUCAAACCCAAUAUGCGUCUUACCCUCAGCAGCAGUCGGCGCACUACCCGCAGUCACCAGGUCUACACAUGCAAACCCCUCUGCAGUCGCCAGGGAUUCCCAACACACCUGGCCAACCACCUGCAUUCGGUAUGCAUACAUCGUUACAGUGUCCUGCGUUUGCGCCGCAGCAUACACCCCAGUCGCCAGGCUUACCUCCAACGCCUCACGGAGACUUCUCAAAUUACACGUAUGGCCCGCAGGCUCCACAAACAACCUCGGCAACCGAAGCCUACAGUGUACACACUCAAACGUACAGACCUACAGAGCAGGAAGUAGCGCAUGGAUAUGCGCUCAAAGUGCAGCAGCAAGCACGCACGAAGCUUGGAGGCUUCAAGGAGUGGCCGAAGAAGACAGAAAAAGGGGUCGGAAUUUUGUUGAGGAGAUUGGAUCAGAAGAUGUAAACAUGGCACCAUAAUGAGAGAGACGAGCAUAAUGACUGGGCUGAUAUUUGAGGUCGCACUUAGAAGUAAAACAGAAUGAGGAAAUAAAGUCUGGAAGCUGUACGUUACUGCAAGUGCCGAUGUCGCAAAGUUCAGCGGGAAUGACGUGCGGGAUGCCAGCCAGCCAAAAAG